CACAGAAACACGGGCAAAGCGCAUUUCGUCCCCGAAGGGAAACACAAAUUCAUAGUCACUCAUUGAAGUUCUAAAAACUCCUCCAAUCUCCCGCUCGCUCUUUGCAUCUCCUACUUUCUUCCUGGAUCUGCUUCAUACCUGCAUUCCGUCUCUUGAUUUGGUAGUUUAAAAUUCCCGGUCUAGAUCAUAAAAAGGGGAAAGUGAGAAUGUAUGGGAAGGCCCCUGGAACGCCAGUUUCAAAGAUUGAGAACAGAACCCCUGCAUCAACUCCAGGGGGAGGAGGGAGUAAAGCAAAAGAGGAGAAGAUUGUAGUUACAGUACGUUUACGGCCUUUGAACAGAAAGGAGCAACUAGCAAAGGACCAAGUAGCAUGGGAAUGUGUGGAUGAACAGACCAUUGCUUACAAGCCCUCUCCCCAGGAGCGCUCAGCUCAACCGGCUUCUUUCAGCUUCGAUAAAGUGUUUGGUCCUACUUGUGUAACGGAGUCUGUGUACGAGGAUGGCGUAAAGAACAUUGCCCUCUCUGCUUUGAUGGGAAUUAACGCAACUAUCUUCGCUUACGGGCAAACAAGCAGCGGGAAGACUUACACAAUGAGAGGCAUAACUGAAAAAGCUGUUCAAGACAUUUACAACCAUAUAAAAAACAAAGGAACCGUAGUUGAGAAGCUGGUGGAGGAAACAGCAAGCGAUGAUACACAUUUGAGGCAGUUGAUCAGUGUAUGUGAAGCCCAAAGGCAAGUUGGUGAAACUGCACUCAAUGAUACUAGUUCCCGAUCUCAUCAAAUUAUAAGGCUGACGAUACAGAGUACUCUACAUGAGAAUUCCGAUUGUGCGAGGUCAUUUGUUGCAAGCUUGAAUUUUGUGGAUCUUGCUGGGAGUGAAAGGGCUUCACAGACCCAUGCUGAUGGUACUAGGCUGCGAGAAGGUUGCCAUAUCAAUCUUAGCUUGAUGACCCUAACUACAGUAAUCAGAAAACUAAGUGUUGGGAAGAGAAGUGGCCACAUACCCUACAGAGACUCGAAGCUUACACGCAUACUGCAGCACUCACUUGGCGGAAAUGCUCGUACUGCCAUCAUAUGUACUUUAAGCCCUGCACUGACACAUGUUGAACAAUCCCGAAAUACUCUUUAUUUUGCAAUACGAGCCAAGGAAGUUACAAAUAAUGCACAAGUCAACAUGGUUGUGUCGGACAAGCAGCUUGUUAAGCAUUUACAGAAGGAAGUGGCGAGGCUGGAAGCAGAACAGCAGCGCUCUACUGACCCUUCAAGUGACAAAGACUUGAAAAUCCAGCAGCUGGAGAUGGAAGUUGAGGAAUUGAGGCGCCAAAGAGACCUUGCGAAAUAUGAGGUGGAUGAGUUACGAAGAAAAAUGGAAGAGGAGCAACAACAGGUCUGCUUCUGUUGCUUUUUUGUGACAUUUUAUUCGGUCGGAUCUCUCACCAGAUGGUUUUUUCACAUUUGUCCUGAAAUUUCUGGCGUACAGGUGAGCGGUAAAGUAGAAGAAUCACCCUGCCCAUCUGUGAAGAAGUGUCUAUCUUACUCAGAAUCAUUGCUACUUAAACCGGAGGGCAAGGACUUAAAGCGCAGUGAGAAGAUUAGAAAAACGACCCUAAGGCAGUCCAUGCGAUCAUCAUCAGCUGCACCAUUCACCCUGAUGCAUGAAAUUCGAAAACUCGAACACCUUCAGGAGCAACUUGGGGAAGAAGCAAACCGUGCUCUUGAAGUACUGCAGAAGGAAGUUGCUUGUCAUAGACUAGGCAACCAAGAUGCAGCUGAGACAAUUGCCAAACUGCAAGCUGAGAUAAGGGAAAUGCGUUCCCUUCCACAGCUUCCGAAGGAAGUUCAAAUUGGAAGCGUGAUGAUACCUACCAACAAGAGUGUCAGCGCCAAUCUGAAAGAGGAAAUAACAAGACUUCAUUCACAAGGAAGCACCAUUGCAAAUCUCGAAGAGCAACUGGAGAAUGUCCAGAAGUCGAUCGACAAGCUGAUCAUGUCUCUACCAAGCAAUAAUACCCCAGAAUUGAACUUUGAGUCACCAGCUUCCAAUUCUAAGAGUCAGCACAAGAAGAAGAAGACACUCCCUUUAUCCCCAAGCAACAGUGGUAUAAGGCAGAACUUCAUCCGAUCUCCCUGUUCGCCUUUGUCAUCGUCAAGGCAAGUAUCAGAGAACGACAGAGAGAACCGAGCACCGGAGAAUGGUGACGUCCUUGUGUCCAAUGUGAACUCGCAGCAAGAGUAUGCAAAGCAGCAGACUACUCCAGUGAAGAGUGAAGAAUGUGGAGGCGUGUCAUCCAAGGAAGGUGUCUCCGCCGGGUAUCGACGUUCAAGUUCCGUCAACAUGAAAAAGAUGCAGAAGAUGUUCCAGAAUGCAGCUGAGGAAAACGUGAGGAGCAUCAGAGCGUACGUGACAGAACUGAAGGAACGAGUUGCAAAACUCCAGUAUCAAAAGCAGCUGCUAGUUUGUCAGGUGCUAGAACUGGAAGCGAAUGAGGCAGCUGGGUACAACAUCGAGGAGGAGGAGGAGGAGGAAACGAUGAUGAUCGAUCCGGUCGAACCACAAGUUCCAUGGCAUGUGACGUUCAGGGAGCAGAGGCAACAGAUCAUAGAACUGUGGGAUAUCUGCUACGUGCCAAUCAUCCACAGAACACAAUUCUACUUGCUGUUCAAAGGGGAUCCAGCCGACGAGAUAUACAUGGAGGUGGAACUCAGGCGGCUGACAUGGUUGCAGCAGCAUUUGGCUGAGCUCGGCGAUGCAAGCCCUGCUCGUGUCGUUGGUGCAGCAGACGAGCCAACGGUUUCCCUUUCAUCAAGUAGGAGAGCGUUGAAGCGCGAGAGGGAGUUCCUGGCGAAGAGGCUGACGCGGUUGGGCGUGGAGGAGAGGGAGGCGUGGUUAAUGAAAUGGGACGUGCCAUUGGAUGGGAAGCACAGGAGGUUGCAGUUCAUCAGCAAGCUGUGGAGAGAUCCUCACGAUUCGAGGCACGUACAGGAAAGUGCAGAGAUCGUGGCGAGGCUGGUUGGGUUGUACCAAGGAGGCAAUUUGUCCAAGGAGAUGUUCGAGCUCAACUUUGCACCGCCGUCUGGUAAAAGGCCGUGGUGGGCUAUGGAGUGGAACCAGAUUUCCAACCUCCUUAACCUUUGAGAGAAUGUUAGACAGUGACUUGUUUUAGAUUUCAGAUUUUGUACAUGCAAAUGAAUGAGAGACAAUUAAGUUUAAAUAGUUGAAAGAUAGUGUCUUAUAGUUUAUGUUAUAAAUUUACUAGUAUGAACUUUCUAAUUUACUGUAGGUGAUAUUAAUUGUCGACUAUUUCUACCGACGGUUAAUUCGUUAUGUGAUUUUUUUAUAUGGAU